UACGAUUAAACGCUAUUAAAUGAGUAUUCGUCGGUGUCGGAGCGAAUUGCUAAUGGACACGUAGUGGCAAUCGGUGCGGUGGAUCAUGUCGGACGAACCGGGAAACAUCAAAAAUUUGGAUGAACUUCUUAGACCCCACUUGAAAAGUGCCGAAUCGAUCGAAGAUGUGAGAACCACCAGGCUGACGGCUGUAGGCGACAAUUACGGUUCGUUGAUGCUGAGGCUGGAAAUCAAGCUGAGAAAUGACGGGACAAAAGACUCUCGAACUUUGGAGGUUGUAGCGAAAACGCUGCCGCGCAGUGAAUUCGUCCGGCAGAUUUUCAACGUCCAGGUCACCUUUAAGAACGAAAUUGCAUUUUACACGUCGGUUAUACCCGCACUGGAUCGCUUCGCAAAGGAAAGGGAUGCCAGCGCGACUACUGACUUUGUUCCCAAAUCUUACGGGGGUCGAAUCAACCUCAACCCUGAUAACGACGUAGUGGACGAUGACGCAGUUUUGAUAUUGGAAAAUUUAAAAAUUUUAGGCUACAAAAAUGGUUCCAGGCAGGAAGGGCUCGACUUGCAGACCUCCAAACUUGUAUUGGAUGCAUUCGUCAAGCUACACGCUUAUUCCAUAGCUCUCAGAUUGGAGGAACCGGCAGUGUUCGAGUCGGAAGUCAAGCCCUACCUUCACGACUUCAUUGUUGACGACAAAUUCAUCAAAGACAUGGUCGAUAAGACGACGAAUAUCCUAAAGUCCGAGGGCGUCGCCCCAGAUCUAAUCGGACGAUCCAUACAAACAAUUAAAAAUAAAAAUAAGGAUGAGGUAGAGCCGUGGAUCGGUGUGGCACAUAACGAUAGCUGGGUGAACAAUUUUAUGAUAAAGUGGGACGAAGACAAUAAACCCGUGGGCGUGAAACUGGUCGACUUCCAGGUAUGCGAGUACAAAUCAGUCCUGAGGGACAUUUUAUUCUUCCUCUUCACCAGCGUCCGCAACGAUAUCCUAGCUGAUAAUCUGGAUAAAUUGCUAGACCAUUAUUACGAAAAUUUCGUCGCAACGUUGAAAAAUAUAGGAGUUGACGCGUCGAGGUAUUCGAGAGAAUCUUACGACCAGCAUCUGAAGAUUGCUGCGAGGGACUACGUCUACUUCCACGUAGUUAUGAUGUUAGAUCCCAUACUCACCGACAAACCUGUCGAUUUAUCCUCCUUAAGCUUCGAGGAAAUGGAAAAUAUGUCCCAGAUUCAAGAAACGUGCCGACCUCACAAGGACAAGCUUGUGCUGGUAACCAACAUGUUUAACGAAAGGGGCUGGCUGAUUUCGUGAUGAUGCUUUUGUAAAAUAAAUGUGUUAAUUAAAAAUUGAUUAAAGCGAAUUA